AUGGCAGCCGGGGUCGACAGCCUGGACGACGUGCGAUAUCAACACCAUCUGGAGCAUCGAGGAGAGUCCAAUCAAAGAAUUGCUCAAGCGUUCUGGCUAGCAAUCUGGACCCUUGUUGUGGCGAGAUUCGCGCAGAGGGUUUGGGCGUGGGGAAUUCGAAAAUGCCUGCACAAGACCUCUGCGUGGUCACAUAAUUCUCCUCUAUCCGUCCCAAUCGAGCGCAUCCAGGCGCUGUUCAAAGCUAUCUCUCUUCUACCGUUCCCGCGAUUAUUCGGCAUCCGGCCCACGAACCUCUCGCUUGGUCACGUCGCGAUAUUGGCGGUGUAUAUCUGCACAAUAGUGUCCCUAUUAGUUACCGUGGAUGCGCCGAAGUUGUCUUCGCACUUCCUCGACGACGUCGCGUUCCGCGCCGCCUGGAUAACGCUAGCACAGGUUCCUCUCCUGUACUUCCUCUCGACCAAGCGUGGACCGUUAAACCUUCUGGCCGGGCUUUCCCAUGAGAGAAUCAGUUGGAUCCAUCGAUGGGUCGGACGCGCUCUGUUCGUUUCCGCCACUACGCAUAUGGCGAUUAUGAUGUCCUCGAUAUCGGUCAACGACCUGAUGCGAUCGCCGGGCAAGGCCAUGUCCGUGGUACGAUACGGCGCGGGAGCGUACGGUACACUCGUGUGGAUUGCCCUGUCGAGCAUUCUACCUGUGAGAAGGUGGAGCUACCGAGUGUUCUACAUCAAUCACUGGGCCAUGACAUUGGUUUUCCUGUGGAUUCUUUCGCACCACGUCCCGAGAUAUGCCCGGCUCCCCAUUUACGCAUCGGUCGCUAUCGUAGCCUUCGACAAGUGCUUGGCGUGCUAUGGAUUCUUGUGGAAUAAUGUUAGCGUCCGUCCUUUGAAGAGGAGGUUUGCGAAGUUCAGGAAGGAGCCUGGUCGCCAGGUUUUGGCCAUGGGACACCCGGUCAAGAUGAUGACGCCGUUCAUCACAAAUCUCGGUCUGCAUCCGAAGGAAUCGGCUACCAUCAUCCGAAUCUGCGACGCCCCGCUGGCGUGGAGGCCAGGUCAGCACGUCAGGCUCUACCUACCGAAGCUCGGCAUGCUGGAAAUUCAUCCGUUUACGCCCGCAACGUGUUCAGAAGCUUCGUCCGCACCCUUCCCGGCCUACAAGCACCACGAUGCGGAGCAUAAUGGUCUCCUAUCGAGCUGCAGCACACCUCCCACAAAUGACAUGGUCCUUAUGAUACGGUCUCACUCUGGACUGACGAAGAGGCUCGCCGACUACUAUUCCAAAUGGCUGUCGCUCCCCUGUCCGAACGCCAGUCGGCCCUGUUCAUCUCUCACCGCGUACAUUGACGGCCCGUACGGAAGCCCGCCCACUUGGGAAGACUACGAGAACAUCACACUGAUUGCCUCUUCGACCGGCGUCUCCUUCAUCCUCUCCAUCCUCGAAUACUUGGAACAGCUGUGCUUCAACGGCCACCCGCGGCUCCGCACGCAGCAUAUCCGCUUCAUAUGGGCCAAUCGACAUAUCGAACCCCAGUUCGAGGCUUCCGUGAUGGACCUACUCUCAAAACACAGCGCAAUGCUGCGGGAAUCAGACAUAAUGGUCGAAGCGGAGUUUUAUGCGACGUGCCCUCAGUCGGAGGAACGAGGCAUGGAGCCUGAAAUGAGGGAAUACGACCCUUUUGCGCAUCUGCGUCGGCCGCGGAGGAACUACUUCGCAGGACGACCGCCGCUGCGGAUCCGCAAUCCAAAUGCGUUGGACGACGAGGAAGACGAAGACGAAGAAGAGGAGGAUCUCAAGCACGUCAGCCCGGUAGUCAGCGAGGUCGAAAGCUGCUUAAGCUACGAGAGCGACGCGUCCACUCUAAUCGACCAAGAAGAACGGCCCAUCAUAUCAGACCGACAGUCAACGCUAGACGAGCUGGACACUUCGUGUUGGUCCCGCAUGCCCUCUCUUCGUUUCCCACGCGCCACGCCAAAAGCCGCCGACUCAGAGUCCUGCCAAUGCGGACUCAUCCGGUAUCAGCAGCGGAAAACAGGGUCAAAAAGACAGCCGGAGUUCAUAACGCGGUUCUACGGUUCCCGUCCGAAUAUUCCUCAUAUCGUCUCUGUGGCGGCAUCGCGGACGAGCACGGCGAAGACGAUGGUGGCGGUUUGCUCGAACGCUGGGGUGGCAAUGCAGGCGAAGAGCGCAGUAGCAAGGAUGAAUCUGGAUUUCGCGAUGGGCAGGAGAGAGCGAGGAGUCGAUAUUCAUACGGAGGGAUUCAUGUGA